UUCUGUAGUCGAUAGGUCCGUCCUCCGUGGUUGGUCUCGUUCUUACUGCUUGACGACUAUGAGAGGUCACGUGUUGUCUCUCUUGUUGCUGCUGCUUGUUGACAAUUCAUUUUCUGUGUCUGACUCGUUGCUUUUGUCUGCUGCUACCUCAACAUCUUCAGCUAGAGUUGCAGCAGCACAACAUGCAAAUGCAACAAGUCGAUUAGUUGAGGCCUCUACAGCACCAGCACCAACACCAGCUGUUUUCACUUCUGCUAGUGUCUUUGUAUCUACUUCAGUGACUAGAGUUGAAUCUACGAGGGUAGGUUUGUCUCUGUCUUCUGUUGUGGUUAAAGUUUCUGCAGCAAUGAGGGCGGGCGUUGGUAUGGGACAGUCAUUGGAAAAGCCAUAUUUGCAACAGUUGUCUAGCACAUACCAUAUACAGUCAGUCUCUAAGUCUCUUUCACUGGUAUUCUUACAAUCGUCUUCAAGCUCAUUAUUGCAAACAUCCUUGCAAAUAAUAUUACAGCCAUCUUCACAGCCAUCUUUGCAAUCAUCUUCACAGCUAGCAGUACAGCCAAUUUCACAGCUGUUGUCGUCUUUAGAGUUGUCUUCACAACCAAUAUCACAGCCAUCUUUGCAAUUAUCUUCGAAGUCAGCAGAACAGCCAAAUUUACAGUCGCCACUUUUGGACACAUCUUUACAGCCAACAUUACAGCCGUCUUUACAGUCAUCUUUGAAGCCAACUUUACAACCAAUUUCACAGCUGCCAUCUAUGGAGUCAUCUUCACAGGCAACGUUGCAGCUACCUUCACAUGUGCAGUCAUCUUUGCAGCUAUCUGUGCAAUUACCUUUACAGCAAACAUUGCAGCCAUCUUUGCAGCCCCAGCCAAUGUUACAGUCAUCUUCACAGCUAGUAGAGUUGUCUUUACAGUCUUCAUUGGAGCAAAGGGUACAAUUUGUACAGUCAUCUUUACAGCCAUCGUCACAUUUAUCGUCACAUUUAUCUAUACAGUUACUUUUAAAGUCAUCUGCAUCGUUAUCUAUUACAGAGCUAUCAGCUUCAGCAAGUCGGGCAGUAGAUUAUACAUCAAGUAGCCCCACUGCUACUGAAACAGUUCCAACAAGUUUCCAAGAUCUUUGCCAGAAUUACUCCUGUGGGCACCAUUUGAUGUGCAAGACAAGCAACGUAAAUGGCAGUGUAAUAGCUGUAUGUGUCUGUAUGGACUUCAAUAAGACAUGUGAUGCUGUGCAUCAUAAUCCUGUUUGUGGCACUGAUGGCAUGACAUAUCCAAGUUUGUGUCAUUUGAAAGAACAAGCCUCGUGCAAGCAUGUGCACAAAGCGUCAGAUGGUGCCUGUCCAAUAGAUGGAACAACAUCGACUGGUCACAUUUCAAUGAGUCAUGUUUCACCAAGCAGUCAUAUCACUCCUAGCAGUAGGACAGAUGGUGGAAGUGAGCUGUCGAGCUCUGAAUGGGCUGCUAUUGCAGUUGCUCUUGUCAUAGCCGCUCUGUUGCUUCUUGUGCUUGGUGCGGGCAUUAUGAAGUGGAUAUACCAUCGCCAGUAUCUAAAGAAGUACAUGUAUUGGAACACGCCACACUCGGAGACACACUUCAAGAAUCAAGCAUACAGAGGAGCUUUCUAAUAAGAAGUUGCUUUUGUUGUAAAAUGUAAACGUUGUUGCUGUACUUGCAGUUAAAUAAUCAUUCUAGACGCCUUCGUUCUACUCCUUCUAUAAUGUUUUAAGACUGAUGCUUGCCAUCACACUUUCUACAAACUCUAGCUAGGACUCUGUUACGUAAUUGCAUUCGUAUUAAUAUUAAUUAAAGAAAAUAUAUGAAAUAACGUUUUGCC